GAACGGUCCUUCCUUCCCACGCUCGCUCGGCUCGUGAGGUUAUACGGCGCACGCGCGAGAUCUUAACCUCUUUCCCCCCACCCCCGUGAGGUAUGUCGGUCUUUCACGAAACGGAAGUGUUGUGAGGGGGAACUGAUUGGAUGUUGCUCCGGUCCAGGUUCCCUGCUGCGGAAGCCAGGGGAAACAUGGCCGGUAUGGCUCGGUUGGUUGCGGCUCCGAAGGGUUGGGGGAAGCUUUGCUACGCGUUGGCUGGCACAGGAAAGAGUGGUCACGCAUCUUGCGCAGUUAUAUCAUGGAGACGGGAGUAUAGCUUGAAGCAAGAACAGGUGUCCGCUAAAGCAGAUAUGCCUGUGCCAAUGGAAAACCCCUAUAAGGAGCCUCCUAGAAAGUGUAUCUUGUGUGGGAUGACUGUUGACUACAAAAAUGUACAGCUUUUAUCACAGUUUGUUUCUCCAUACACUGGUCACAUUUUUGGUAGGCAUAUAACAGGCUUAUGUCAGAAGAAACAAUCUGAGCUCUCAAAAGCUAUUAAAAGAGCUCAGAAGAUGGGAUUUAUGGCAGUUACAUAUAAGGACCCAACAUUCCUCAGCGACCCUAAAAUAUGUAGCAUCAAAUAUCCAGAAUAAAUAUACCCAAUAAAUGUUUUUUGUAA